GAUUGCUCGGCGCUCCUCUAGGCACCCGUCGCGAUCAGCUGAGUCAGAAGUGAUCGAUGCUCUCGGUGUAGUCCCUGAUAAAGCCAGUCGAACAAUCUUCGCUCCGACGGAACCAGUCAUCUCCAGCGACGAUAGGCACAAACCUAUCCAAGCGCCAGAGAGCUUUCCACUGUCAUGGUAGAUUGGAGGAGGAUUCUUUCAACUUUCAGCAAAUUAUUCAAUGGCAUCGUCCGAUUCAGGGGCAGGUGUUGAGCAUGUCAGAAGAUACUACAGAGCCCCUGGUGGUGUCCAGCACCCUCUGGAAGGACCUCAGGGCUCUUCUGCCUGACACAGAGGAGGAGCUGAGGCUGGACCUCGGGGAGAAGGUGGACAGGAGUGUAGCUACGCUGCUACAGCAGGCUGUGAGUCUCUUCUAUGUGGGCCACUGGCAGGAGUGCCUGCAGGCCAGCGAGGCCGUCCUGGACUACUCCUGGGAAAAGCUCAACACUGGUCCCUGGCGAGAUGUAGACAAGGAAUGGCGCCGGGUAUAUUCCUUCGGCUGCCUCCUGAAGGCCCUGUGCCUGUGCCAGGCACCACAGAAGGCCACUGCUGUGGCUGAAGCACUGCGGGUGUGUGACAUGGGCCUAUUGAUGGGGGCAGCCAUCCUUGGGGACAUUCUUCUCAAAGCUGUCUCAGUCCUCCAGACACACCAGCUCCCAAGAAAGCAGUCUGCCUGUGGCCCCCACCAGGAUCAACCUGCUACCAAGAAGGCCAGGCCUGCCGUCAGCUCAGCCCCCACCAUGGUGCUGGAGCGGGCAGUGCCCAGGCUUCGCUGCCCGCCUCUGCAGUACUUCAGAAAGCAUUUCCUAGUUCCCGGGAGGCCUGUGAUCUUGGAAGGUGUGGCUGACCACUGGCCGUGCAUGAAGAAGUGGAGUCUCCAGUACAUCCAGGAGACUGCUGGCUGCCGCACUGUCCCCGUGGAAGUGGGUUCAAGGUACACAGAUGAAGACUGGUCCCAGACUCUCAUGACAGUCAAUGAGUUCAUCCAGAAAUACAUCCUGAGCGAGGCAAAGGAUGUCGGGUACCUUGCUCAGCACCAGCUGUUCGACCAGAUCCCAGAGUUGAAGCAGGACAUCAGUAUCCCCGAUUACUGUUGCCUGGGCAAUGGAGAAGAGGAAGAGAUCACUAUCAAUGCCUGGUUUGGUCCCCAAGGAACCAUCUCCCCACUGCAUCAGGACCCCCAGCAGAACUUCCUGGUCCAGGUGUUAGGAAAGAAGUAUAUCCGGCUGUAUUCUCCACAAGAGUCUGAGGCAGUGUACCCUCACGAGACACACAUCCUUCAUAACACCAGCCAGGUUGAUGUGGAAAACCCCGACCUAGAGAAGUUCCCCAAGUUCCCUGAGGCCCCAUUCCUGUCCUGCAUUCUGACCCCAGGAGACACCCUCUUUAUACCUGCUAAGUACUGGCAUUAUGUGCGCUCCCUGGACCUGAGCUUCUCUGUCAGCUUCUGGUGGUCCUAGCCAGGGCCAGAGUGGAAAGGGCCCUCCAGGCAGACACCUUACCCAAAGGCAGUAAACUAAGAUCAGUGUGGGCCCUGGAUGCCGAUAGACUCCAGCAGUCCUGCCCCCCAGCCAGUACAUUAAGAUAUGCGUGACAGAGCUGCUGUGUACCCACGUGUGUGUGGCCCAGCUGCUGUGUGCCCAGGUGUGUGGGGCAGAGCUGCUCUAUGCACCCAGGCUAUCCAGAUUAUGGAUGCUUUGUUUUCUUUUUAACUGCUGGGCUGAGUUUUAACUGCUGGGGUACCCAAGUCCCGUUGGCAAGGUGCUCAGCGGAGACAGAACACAAUCUGUAAUAUGGGUCUGCGGUCCAUGUUUUCUUAGGUGUAAAACAGCAGGGUCUGGGAUGGUUGCUGUUGUUCCCAGUCUUCUGUGUAUCCAGGUGUUACUGCCAGCUUACUGCUAGGAGUUGGAAACAGAGGUCCCUGGGUCCAUGCUUCCCCUCGGGGCAUUUAAGCACCAGGCUGGAAGGCAGCGGAAUUGGUUUGGUUCUGAGUGAAUGUGGAGAAUCUUCCCGGGGAUAUAUAGGUGCAGCCUGUCACAAGGAAGCCCCUGCUCCCAGGCAAUCCUUGGUGAAGAGGUAGUCCCUGCUCGUUCAAACUUUUAUUUGAUGGUGGAGGUGAAUGCAUACACCUUAUUCAGGGUAAACCAAGGAUUAAAAACCUCUGUGGGAAGGAUUGCCCAGGAAGGGAAGCUCAUUGGCUAAACACUUGGAGCCUAACUCAUUAGCAUGGAGAAGGUUGGGUCUUCACAUUACCAGACCCACUGUCAUGGUCCUUUCAGUGGGGUGCAUGGCUACUUGUUUCACAUCAGAUAGUUUGGCAGAGAGCUGGCUCUACUCCAGCCAGAUUUCCCCAGAGCCUGCUCAACCUUACCAGUUCUUCUGUCCAGUGGCACUGUCAACUUGCCCCAUAUGUAACUUAAAUAUUUUUAAUAACACAAUAAAAUAUAUUUUCUUAAUUAAAAAAAGAAACAUUUCUUUAACCAAACUCCCUUGCCGUCUGUGGGUAAGGCAGGCAACAAAAGAAGCAUUGGGAAAGGAAGAGAAGUGUGGAUCCUGGAAAGGAAACACCCCCUUCCCUGGACUCUUGUGGGAAGUACUGAAGGAGGCAGAGCCACAUGUCACACAAAAGAGACUGGCUCAGAAUCAGAGACCAGAGCAGUCAGGACCAUUGAUG